AGGAGGAGAGGGCUCGAGGGACCGUCUGUCGCGGGACAGGCUGGUCAGCUGGGGGAGCUGAGCCGGGAGGAGGAGGCAGCGGCAGCAGCAGCAGCAGCGCUGAGAGCAGCCGCAGCAGCAGCAGAAACAAGUACCAGCUACACAACGGCUCCUCUGGCCGCGCGGCCACAGUCCCUGGGUCGCGAUGGCGCUCCAAAGCCAGGCGAGCGAGGAAAGCAAGGGGCCCUGGCGGGAGGGAGAGCAGGAACCGCACGAGCCGGUGGGGAGCCCCGAGCCGGAGCCGGAGCCCGAGCCCGAGCCGGUCCCAGUGCCUCAGCCCGAGCCCCAGCCCGAGCCUCAGCCCCUUCCAGAUCCUGCAACCCUGCCAGAGCUGGAGUUUGAGCCCGAGUCGGCGCGCGAGCCCGAGCCCACGCCCACAGUGGAGACCCGCGGCACGGCUCGCGGCUUCCAACCCCCCGAAGGGGGCUUUGGCUGGAUGGUGGUUUUCGCGGCCACCUGGUGCAACGGCUCGAUCUUCGGCAUCCAGAACUCCUUCGGGAUCCUCUACUCCAUGCUGCUGCAGGAAGAGAGAGAGAAAAAUCGCCAAGUGGAGUUCCAAGCAGCUUGGGUAGGAGCUCUCUCAAUGGGCAUGAUCUUCUUCUGUUCACCAAUUGUGAGCAUAUUCACUGAUCGUUUGGGCUGCCGAAUCACAGCAACUGCAGGAGCGGCUGUUGCUUUCAUUGGCCUCCAUUCCAGCUCCUUCACCAGCUCACUAAGUCUGCGUUACUUCACUUACGGGAUUCUCUUUGGUUGUGGCUGUUCCUUCGCCUUUCAACCAUCACUCGUCAUCCUGGGCCACUACUUCCAACGCCGCCUGGGUCUGGCCAAUGGUGUGGUAUCUGCUGGGAGUAGCAUCUUCUCCAUAUCCUUCCCCCUUCUCAUCAAAACGCUGGGGACUAAAAUCAAGCUCGCCCAAACCUUCCAGGUGUUGAGUACCUUCAUGUUUAUCCUUAUGCUGCUUUCACUCACCUACCGACCCCUCCUGCCCAGCUCCCAGGACACCCCAAGCAAGAGAGGUGUCCACACCCUAUGCCAACGCUUUCUGGUUCAGCUCAGAAAAUACUUCAACAUGCGAGUGUUUCGCCAACGUACCUACCGCAUCUGGGCCUUCGGGAUUGCUGCUGCUGCCCUUGGCUACUUCGUUCCCUAUGUACACCUGAUGAAGUAUGUGGAAGAGAAGUUCUUGGACAUCAAGCAGACCUGGGUACUUUUGGUGUGUAUUGGGGCUACCUCAGGCCUUGGACGCCUUGUAUCAGGCCGUGUCAGUGACUCCAUUCCUGGACUUAAGAAGAUCUACUUGCAGGUCAUCUCUUUCCUGCUCCUUGGCCUGAUGUCGAUGAUGAUUCCCCUGUGCCAGGGCUUUGGGGGCCUCAUCGUUGUCUGCCUCUUCCUGGGCCUGUGUGACGGCUUCUUCAUCACCAUCAUGGCCCCCAUCGCUUUUGAGCUGGUGGGUCCAAUGCAGGCUUCACAGGCCAUUGGUUACCUCCUGGGUAUGAUGGCCCUACCGAUGAUUGCUGGGCCCCCCAUUGCAGGCCUCCUCCGCAGCUGUUUUGGAGAUUACCAUGUCGCCUUCUACUUUGCGGGUGUGCCCCCUAUCAUAGGCGCUGUAGUUCUCUUUUUUGUCCCUCUGAUGCAUCAAAGGAUGUUCAAGAAAGAUCAAAGAGAUUCCAGCAAAGAUAAGAUGUUGGCUCCUGACCCAGACCCCAACAGGGAGCUACUGCCAGGCUCCCCCACUCCUGAGGAACCAAUCUAACAUGUCUCUUCUUUUGUAUUUCUAUUUUUUGCCUAUUUUUUGCUGUUGUGUGCUCUUCCCCAGCCCUCUCCCUCACCCUGCCCUGCUCAGCAUAUAUAUAUUUGCCACCAGCACACUUGUUCCCAAACCUGUGCACAUAGCAUCUCAGUCACCUGACUAUCCCCUUGGAGUCAAAACUCCAAGUGUUCCAAACACAUUAUCUAAAUUCUUUUCCUGAAUGCCUGAAACAUGCCAAGGUCAUUUCCCCCCACCCCCCACCCCCAGGAUCUAGAAAAACUUGGGAUUAUCUCCUAGCCUUUGGAACCUCCCACCUUCUAACCUCCUUCUAACUGAGGAAGAAAGGGAGGGACAACCUGGCCUCAGCUUGUUAGCCGCCCACUUAAAGCAACUGCUAAAGGUGCUACUGUGUCUCUAGAAGUCUGGUGAGGAGACCGAGCCUCUGCAUGCUGAGGAAUUUGUUAACAUCAGUCCUUGGGAACUAUUGGUGGGAAAAGCAGAGAAGUCAUAGAAGCAAAAUGAGACAAGAAGCCUAUCCUGAGAGUCCCUGAGGUCUGUGGUUUCCUAAGGACUGUGGGUGCCAUCAAUUUACAAGUGUACAGAUAGUCUCCCCAUCAUACAGUUGGUAAACAGUCUGCUUCCUCCUUUUCUUCCAUUUUUCCCUCUACUGCAUUCUUUCAUUCUCUUUUCCCUCUAUUACUUUUGACUGUCAUAGACACAUGGGUGCUUAAAGAAAGGAGGGAUAUAGAGUUUGGGCCAAUUAGCUUUAUCUUGGUCUGACCCAUGCCUAACAUUAGCAUCAGUUCCACUCAUCUCAGGCUGAGCCUCAUCUCACUUUUUGGCUCAAGCUGCUAAAAAAUAGACUGGAAAGUAGACUAUCAUGUAGAUAAGAAUAUUGCCCUUGCUGAUGUUUUUAAAAUUCUAUUUGCUGAUUUUUACAAAUUUCCCUGGGCAAUGAAGGCUUAAAAAUCAUCCCAACCCCCAUCCUUGUAUCCACCUGUCAAAAUGUGAAGAAAUUUCUUUCAUCUCAGCAGGCAGAGAAGGACUGAUGACGAAGAUGCCACAGUGAAAAGAGGGACAUUUGUUGACCUAGUGAAGGACCAACUCCUCCAUCUCUCAUUAUUCAUGACAGGUCAAUACUUCUUCGUGGACCAGCCCUGGAAAGAGACUGUUGUAGGGAACAUUCCAUUCUUACCCUAUAACCCAAAAAUAUUCAGACAGCAACUGUACAUAGGGAUGAAUUUAUUUUGGAAGGGAAACCAUCAAGAUUAUACUACCUGUGUGACCUUGUUCCAAGGCAGCCUGGGCCACUCUGCUUACCAGGCAUUAAAGGUGCCAGGAAAAGUAGGUUCAUCUUCAUCCCUGUAAAUAAGUACCAGAUUCUUUCCAUGCUCAGGUCCUGGGAAACAGUCUUACUGAGGAAUAUUCCCAACCAGGAUGUGUCCAGCUAACACACCUCUGUCCUCACUGGGCCUCAUUGUGUCUCUUUCUCCCCUCUCUGAGCCUUUGUCUAUUUUGUUCAAACUGUUACCAUAAACUUUCAUUAUCUUCUUGAGAGGCAUACUUGGCUGUCACUUGUCGCUAACAGUGACGUGCCACCGCAAGAUAGGACCAGGAGGAUGAAGUUGUCCCGGAGAAACUCCAAAUGAGACAGUGUUCCAUUUUUCUGUUACAAACAGGCAGCUGGGGCACGGCUGGCCUCUGAUGACCUCAUUGAAGGCCGAAAUCCUGAGCCCCCUUCACUGGUCCCAGUCCAGUUCUUAUCAAUUGUACAAAGCAAAGUCUGCUGGUUCUUGGCUCUGUGGGUAGGAAGGGGCCAAUUUACAAUUCAGUCAGCUCAAAUUACAGUAAAACCGGAGAAGCUGGGCCCUGGGAACCUUGUAAUUCUCAGGAGAUAGCAUUGAAAAUGUUGGAGUAACAAGCCCCUACUUCCAUUCCUUCCUGCCCCAGCCCCACCAAGAGGGUAGUUCUGCAGGGUGUCCUUUGUUGUUGCAAGUGAAGAUGGCUAUUAAGGAUCAGGCUGCCACCCACUUCUCUCCAGAUGAGGAAAAGACAUUCACAUGUUCCAAAUUUGCCCUACAGAUGUCACAUAAUGUGAUAUGGUAUCAGAUUACUUCUUCCACAUAUUCAUGGGUGGGUUUGUAUGGUUUUGGAGAGAAUGUUGGUCGGAGAUAAAGCAGCACAGUAUUAAUAUUUAGGCUAUGAUUCAGCCUCUUAUGCACCACAGUUUAAAUCUAGGAAAACGAACAAAAUUUGGGAGCUUGAGACCUGGGACAUUUAAAUCCUCAAAAGGUUUGGAACAAAAUAAACAUCUAAAAUAUAA